AUGCCGUCGCGAACUCUGCCUACCUUCACUCGUGCCGAGGUCGAGGCCCACAACAACAAGAAGUCUUGCUAUGUCACCAUUGGCGCAAACGUCUACGACGUGACUGACUUCGCCCAUGAUCACCCUGGCGGCGCCGACUUGGUCUUUGAAUAUGCCGGCAAGGACGUCGAGGCGAUACUGCGCGAUCCCACCUCCCAUCCCCACUCCGAGGCAGCUUACGAGGUUCUCGACGACUCGUUGGUCGGAUUUGUCAUCAACCAGAAGACGGUCAAUGGAUCAGUGAGCAGGGCCAACGGAACAGCGAACGGUAAAGUGAACGGGCAUGCCAACGGAAACGGCAACGACAACGGCGUGUCCAAAUCCGAAAACGAGGGAGUCAAAAUGAACGAACGCGGCGAGCUCUGGGACGGCGAGCGGUGGGUUCACCCCCGAACCGGCAUGGCCAGCGAAGAGGAUCUGAGUAAGGAGACGGAUUACACCAACGACUACAAGAAGCACAAGUUCCUCGACUUGAGUCGCCCUCUCUUCCCCCAGAUCUGGUACGGCGGCUUCAGCAAGGAGUUCUAUCUCGAUCAAGUUCACCGACCCAGGCACUACAAGGGUGGCGAGUCUGCGCCCUUGUUUGGCAAUUUUUUGGAGCCUCUGUCCAAGACGCCCUGGUGGGUUGUUCCGCUGGCGUGGCUUCCUCCCGUGGCAUACAGUCUUUACCUUGCUAGGGACGGCAUGAAAAGCACCAUGGAGGAAUCGCUUUACUUUGGCCUCGGACUUUUCCUUUGGACUCUGAUCGAGUACAUCUUGCACCGCUUCCUGUUCCAUCUUGACCAGUGGCUUCCCGACAACCGAGUUGGCAUCACCGCCCACUUCCUCCUCCACGGUAUUCACCACUACCUCCCCAUGGACAAGUACCGCCUGGUCAUGCCCCCGACGUUGUUCGUUGUCCUUGCUACGCCAUUCUACAAGCUUGCACACUGUGUGUUCUCGUACAGCUGGCACGCCGCCACGGCUGUCUUUUGUGGAGGCAUCUUCGGCUACGUCUGCUACGACCUGACCCAUUACUUCCUCCACCACCAGAACCUACCUCUUUGGUACAAGGAGCUCAAGAAGUACCACCUUCAGCACCACUUUCUCGAUUACGAACUCGGUUUCGGCGUCACCAGCCGGUUCUGGGACAGCGUCUUUGGCACGGAGUUGCCUCCCAUUGUGAAGGCUAACUAA